GACAUCACACUUCAUUAAGCAAAUUAUUUUUUCUUCCUUUUAAUUAAUUAAUCUCUGCUGCAUGUCAAGUUCUAUUUAAGAUUUUCACUCUUUUUCUCCACAAGAAAGUAGAAACAAGUUUUCAAUGGAGAAGGAAGAAGUUGAGCAUUCCACAAGUGAAGUGGAAAUGGCUUCUCACCAAAACAUGUCACAACCACAAAAGAAGAAGGGUGGUCUUGUUACCAUGCCUUUCAUCAUAGCAAAUGAAGCACUUGCAAGUGUUGCAACAAUUGGUCUUUUGCCAAACAUGGUGUUAUAUUUGAUGGGGAGUUACAAGCUCCAUUUGGACAAAGCAACUCAGAUACUCCUUCUAUCACAGGCAACAAGCCAUUUCACACCUGUGGUUGGUGCUUUCAUUGCUGAUUCUUAUUUGGGUCGCUUCCUUGCUGUUGGAUUAGGAUCCAUAAUCACUUUUCUGGGAUUGGCACUCAUGUGGCUAACUGCCAUGAUCCCUCAGGCAAGGCCUCCUCCUUGCAAUCCAGCAGCCGGAAAAUGUAAGUCGGCGACGAAUCCACAAAUGGCAAUGUUACUCUCAGCCUUUGCUCUCAUGUCCAUUGGAAAUGGAGGCCUUUCAUGCUCCCUAGCAUUUGGUGCAGACCAAGUGAAUAAAAAGGACAACCCCAAUAACCAAAGAGCCUUGGAGAUUUUCUUCAGUUGGUAUUAUGCUUCAGCAUCAAUUUCUGUCAUAAUUGCAUUCACUGGCAUUGUAUAUAUCCAAGAUCAUCUUGGAUGGAAACUUGGUUUUGGUGUUCCUGCAGCACUUAUGCUCAUGUCUACUAUCUUCUUCUUCCUUGCUUCUCCACUUUAUAUCAAGAAUAAGAUACAAGGCAGCUUGAUCACCGGCUUUGCUCGAGUAAUCGUGGCGUCCUAUAAGAACAGGAAGCUUCCAUUGCCGGCUCAGAGCUCAGCCGGAAUGUAUCAUCAUAAGAAGGACUCUGAAUUUGUUGUUCCAUCUGAUAAACUAAGGUUUCUGAACAAAGCAUGCCUCAUUAGAGAUCCAGAAAAUGACAUAACUUCUGAUGGCUUGGCCUUAAAUCCAUGGAGUCUUUGCACAGUAAAUCAAGUAGAAGAGCUGAAAGCUAUCAUCAGAGUAAUUCCUCUAUGGUCUACAGGGAUCAUGAUGUCUCUUAGCAUUGGAGGCUCAUUUGGAUUGCUGCAAGCAAAAUCACUGAACAGACACAUCACUUCAAACUUUGAAGUUCCAGCAGGUUCUUUUAGUGUGAUCAUGAUAGUUACAAUAUUCUUAUGGAUUGCUCUCUAUGAUCGUGCCAUUAUCCCUCUAGCAUCCAAGCUCAGAGGGAAACAAGUUAGGAUCACUGCUAAAAGAAGAAUAGGACUAGGCCUGUUCUUCUCUUUUCUCCACUUUGUAACCGGUGCUAUCGUCGAGACCACAAGGCGAAGAAGAGCAAUCGAGGAAGGACACAUUAAUGAUCCUCAUGCAGUGUUAAAGAUGUCAGCAAUGUGGCUUUUCCCUCAACUUAUCUUGGGUGGCAUAGCUGAAGCAUUCAAUGCAAUAGGCCAGAAUGAGUUCUAUUACACAGAGUUUCCUAAGACUAUGUCAAGUGUUGCUUCGUCUCUUGUCGGAUUGGGAAUGGCUGCAGGGAAUGUGGUAUCUUCCUUAGUAUUCAGCAUGGUGCAAAACCUCACUUCUAGAGGUGGAAAAGAAGAUUGGAUUUCAGAUAACAUUAACAAGGGUCAUUAUGAUAAGUACUAUUGGGUUCUUGCUUCAAUUAGUGCUGUUAAUAUAUUGUAUUAUCUGUUGUGUAGUUGGGCUUAUGGACCCACAUCUGAUCAAGUAGUAUCAAAGGUAAGUGAUGAAAAGGGUUCAAUUGAAGGAAGUGAAUUGGGGAAUGAGAGUGAGGAAAUUGGACCAAAGGAGAAAGAGUUAACUGAAUUUGGUCAUGGUGGUCAAAUUCAUAAAGGUACUUAAGGUUGAGCCAAUAAUCUGUCACUUUAUUUUGUCAACUAAAUUCAUGUGAAAGAUGGAAGAGGUGAAGUUUGGGUUCAUGAUGAUAAUUAAGGAAAAGCAAGGAUUAGUUGGCUAGUUGAAUUGUUUUAUAGUUUAUCAAAGGGUGUAUUAUAUGGGGAGAAACAACCAAUUUGGAUAGCCUUAUUUUUGUUUUCAAGUUUUUGGCUAGUAAUAGAUAUAAGCAGGUUAUGGAUGCAGAUAUGUAAGAUAUGCCUGAAGGUAAUAAAGAUUCAAAUUUACUC